AUAUUAUUCAAAAUCAUGCCUAAAAAAGCUGAAAUUAAAAGUGAACCUUUGAAUGAUACCGUAGAAAGUAACAAUGAUGAAGAAGAAAAAUAUGAUCCGGCUGUGGAUAAAAUCACAUCCCUUAAGAAAUUGGGACCUUUUAUAGCCUCCAAAGAUAAUUCGCGCAAUACAAUUUACUUCUCAGAUAUACCACAAGUGUGUAAAGAUGAACCAUGUAUGCUGGGUGUUGAUGAAGCCGGACGUGGUCCUGUUUUAGGACCUAUGGUAUAUGGCAUAGCAUUCUGUCCUAUAGCCAGUAAACAAGUUCUAAUUGAUUUGGGCUGUGCUGAUUCCAAACAAUUGACCGAAGAGAAAAGAGACAUAAUUUUCGAUGACAUCAACGCGAAGGAGUAUGCUAAUAAAUGUAUAGGCUGGGCUGUAGAAAUAAUCUCACCUAAUGUCAUCAGCACUAGUAUGUUUAGAAGAUCAAAAUGUUCGCUGAAUGAAGUUUCCAUGAAUUCUGCUAUUGGCCUAAUACAUGCUGCUGUCGAUUUAGGUGUUAACAUAGCCGAAGUAUAUGUGGAUACUGUUGGACCGCCCGAAAAAUAUCAAGCUAAACUUCAGCUAAUUUUUCCACAAUUCAAAAUAACUGUUGCUAAGAAAGCGGAUUCUACUUAUCCUAUUGUAUCUGCCGCUAGUAUAUGCGCCAAGGUUAGUCGUGAUCAUGCCCUGAAAGUUUGGAAAUUUCCCGAAGGCAUUGAAAUUGAAGAUAAUAACUUUGGCAGUGGUUAUCCCGGUGAUCCAGUUACAAAACGUUUUCUUUCCGAAAAUAUUGACCUGGUAUUUGGAUUCCCACGUUUAGUGCGCUUCAGUUGGUCUACAGCUGAAAAUGCUUUGGCAGAUAAGGCCUACGAAAUGGAAUUCGAUGAGCCCGAUUCAGAGAAGCCUAAAUAUGCCGGCACUAAAUUGACGAAAUUUUUUAAAGGCACAACUAAAACGGGAGAGAUUAAAAGGGAACCAUGUCGUUUGUUUAAAGAAAGAUUUCUAGAUAAUUGUGUAGAUUUUUAAGUUAAUUUUAUUUAAGAAUAUGUAAUUAGUUUGUAUUGAAAUUUCAUUAAUAAAUUUAUUGUCUGAAUGUAUAGAAAA